GCAAGAAGGAAAGAGGGCUCACAAGUGAAGAUGGCAGUUAAUUGGGAGAUAAGGUGGGAUGGGGAGGAAGCCCCGGCCUAUUUACCAAAUGCUGAAUUAUUCACAAUACGGUUGCAUUACAUGGUGGAUGAAAUAGAAGGCAUGGCCGGGUAUGUAGAUUAUUGUUGUGCUGAUCAAAUGUCCAGACUUGAACUAAUAAGCAUGGCUAAAGAAUUUAAGUUAGAUGUGGAGGGUUGUAGUAUUUGGUGGUUAGAUGUCACUAGUGAGGAAAAAGGUUUGAAAGAAGUAAAAACUGAUUUAGAUGCCUUGAAAAUGGCAAUAUCUGUUGGGUCUAGUAAGGAAGUAUAUGUUUGUGUUAGACUUGCCAAUGGUGCCAAUGUUCAUGGAGUAGGAGCUAAUGGAAGGAAUGAAAGUUCAAGUGGACAAGAAAGUCAAGUAGGCCAUGGCAAUCAGCAGGAUAUGGUUGAUACUUUAGUGACAAGAAAUCAAAAUGAGAAAGAUGCAACAAAUAGACAACCCCAAGAAGAUCCUGUGUCACAGGUAAUGUCUCAACCUAACAAAACCCUCAUUGAAGCAACACACAAAGGGGAACUUGAAGUGAGAAGGCCAAAAUUAAGAACAAUAAGGGGGAAAAAGGCAUUGAUAAAUGAGACAACGACUGCAAAUAAAACAUUCCUUGAAACAACACCCAUAAAAGAAAAUAUAGUGAGGAGGCGAGGAUUAAGUACAGUAGCGGGAAAAAAAGCACUGGCAAAUGAAACUACAGCUAAUAAACAAGUCUCGGGAGAUCCCAUGUCACAGGUACAUACAAAACCUGAGCAAACCCUCCCUACAGCACCACCUGCAUUGAAAACUCAAUUCAAGAGGUCAGAAAUAAUUACAAGAGGGGCCCUAAAAAGAAAGACAAUUGAAACAUCAUCUAGAAAAAUUGAUAAACAAGCCUCAGAGGAACCUGCUUCACAAGUGAGCGGCGCAGGAGAAACUCAAAGGAAGAGGCAAGAAUUGCAUAGAAGGGUAAAAAAAACAAGGACAAAUGAAAAAAAAGUUGCAACAGAAGUGGGCAAGCCUAAAAAAAAUCCACCAAACAAAUCUUUUGCAUCUAAUGAUACAAGAGCUCAUGUACUUAAAUCUCAAGGGAAAAAGAAGGAUCUUAAAGAAAAGAACAAAGUAAGAGGUGCUUGCAAGAGGAGGAAAGUAUAG